CUCAAGCUAUGCUAAAUUAACCAAGACAUGAUUUAACAAAUCUCAAUGAUUCGAGAAAAAAAUUUUUUAAUAGUAAAAUAAUGUUUAAAGUAAAUUAUGAUGGAUUUGAAUCACUUUUGUGUAGUAUAAAUAAUGACCCGUUAGAACUUUGGUCAAAAUACAUCUCAUUAGAUGGAAGUAUUAAAAGAGUUAAGGAUCAGUUAUUAAAUGGCGAUGGAGUAAUUGAAAUUAUAGGAAAAACUGCAAGGAGUAAUAGUGUAGAUUGUAUACCUACUACACUGACUUGUCCAGCUGAUUCAAAGGAUUUUCUUCGUUCAAAACUUCCGAUUCUGGUUUUAGUGCUCAAGAAUCUCAGACUUGAAGGCAAACUUGAAUUCCAGUUUCUUGAUCAACAAGAUUAUCGUCGCAAAUUUGUUCUAAUAACCAACUCAACUCGCGAGAAGAUUCCAAAAGUUACUCCGAGCUCAGUUUUUCUACCUUUCAUUCUUGAAGAUGAUUGGAAUUUGCUUGAGCUCAAUUUACAAAAUCUUUCCAAAGAUUUUUUUGGAACUGAUUAUAAGUUUCUUCAACGUAUAACAUUACACCCAAACUUCAGAUUUCGAAGAAUUUAUUUACAAGAUCGUCACUAUGAGCGCGAUGAAAUUAUACAAAAUAUUCAGCAAGCAUUAACUGAUGUGUAUAAUUUGAAAAAAUCUUUAACAUUCACAGAUAAAAAUUGCCAAACUCAAUCAAUAUUUUUACACUCAAUUCCAGUAAUUACAAUGAAAAAA